ACCUGUUUAAUCACUCUGUCUGUUACAGGUACAGUGAUAUUAUAUAUAGUGUUGAUCUGUUUAAUCACUCUGUCUGUUACAGGUACAGUGAUAUUAUAUAUGGUGUUGACCUGUUUAAUUGGUUCUGGAAAAUUGUCUUGAUUUGUAUUGAAAUAAUAUAAAUGUGAAAGUAUGCAUUUAAUAGGAAUGUCUGAAUCGAUGAUUUGAGAAUGUCCACUCCUGCCUCAUUUGAACUAGACAACAGGUCAUUGAGGGUUUUAAUGUUGUUAUCUACUCCAGACCUGCAGGUGAAGGUGGCCACUACAUGGUGGUCAACUACACUGACCUGUAGCACCACCUGUAUUCUGACUGAUCCCUGACAGUUAGAAGCCUUUUUAAACAUUCAAUACACUGCAAGUUUGCAUUUCCAGGAAGCAGGAAAAUUCUCUACAACUAAAGAGUGAUCAAAUUAAGAUCCACGUCUGUAGCACAAUACAACACAACACAGUAUGAGCCUGGUUCAUUUUCAGUGAUGAGACCCUGUACCCCAUUUACAGCUUAUACUUCAAUGUAUCAGGUGGAGUUAUUCACCAGCUAUAGAGUGAGUUGUUGUUUAUGUUUCUAAGACUGCAGGGUGGGAGAUGCAACAAUGGUCUUGAGAACAGCAGGAAGUGUGUUGGUGGUCUUUCUCUGGUCUGUAGCAGACCUGCAGGUGAAGGUGACCACUACAUGGUGGUCAACUACACUGACCUGUAGCACCACCUGUACUCUGACUGGUAACCCCACCUACACCUGGUACAGGAACAGUAAGAUUGUACAAGGGGCCUCCUCUCCCUCAUACACAUUCUACUUUAAAACUGAAGACAGCUUCUACUGUGCUGUAAAAGGCAUCAGUUCUCCUGCAGUGUACGGCCCAAAGAACACCUCAGUGUCAGUCAGUCCCUCUGGUGAAAUAGUGGAGGGCAGUUCAGUGACUCUGACCUGCAGCAGUGAUGCCAACCCACCUGUGGACAAAUACACCUGGUACAAGAAGAACAUAGCCUCACCAAAAGCAUCAGGACAGAGUUACAGCAUCACUAACAUCCUCUCUGAGGACAGAGGAGAAUAUUACUGUGAGGCCCAGAAUGGAAGAGGAUCUAUGAACUCUACAGCUCAGAUGAUCAUUGUAGCAGGGAAACAAACCUCAGUUCUGACUGCAGCUGUAGGAAUCACAGUGUUUAUUCUGGUUCUCAUCCUCUUUCUCCCUUGCUUCAUGUGGUUCAGGAGAUCCACAGGAGGAAGUGAUGUCACAGCAGACACACAGAGUGUCCAUCCUGACCCUAACAGUGACUCCAACAUGGACACGUACACAGCUCUGAACAUGAAGACCAGGUCACCAGAGUAUGACACCCUGGCAAAUGUGAGGGACUCCUCUAGUGACACAGUCCCUCAGAUAGAUGCUGAGCCCUCAGAUUAUGAGAACUGUAGAGAACCACCACAUAACCUGGACUGAAGGGAACUACCACAUAACCUGGACUGAAGAGAACCACCACAGAACCUGGACUGAAGAGAACCACCACAGAACCUGGACUGAAGAGAACCACCACAGAACCUGGAUGAAGAGAACCACCACAGAACCUGGACUGAA